AUGGCAGUCGGAAAGAUAGCACCUUUCGAUAUGGACAAAGAUUGUUGGGACUUAUACGUGGAGCGUUUGGAACAAUAUUUUAUAGCGAAUACAGUGAGUGAAUCGGUUAAAGUGGCUACUUUAAUUACGGUGGUAGGCAGGGACGCGUAUGAACUUAUGGUUAAUUUGUGUACGCCGGCCCGCCCGGCAACAAAGACUUUUGAUCAGUUGAAGGCCAUCAUGAAAUCGCACUUGCAACCUAAACCUAGUGUAUUAGCAGAAAGGUUCAAAUUCCGACAACGACGCCAAGCAAGUGAUGAAAGCAUAGCGGAGUAUGUCGCGGCGUUAAAAAAAAUGUCAAUGACUUGCAAUUUUGGCGCGGACUCAUUGCAAGACAAUUUAAGGGACCAAUUUGUUUGCGGUUUAUCGAAGGAUGUUAUACGACAGCGACUAUUCGCAGAGGAGGAAAUCACGUUCGAGAAAGCAUUCAAAUUAGCCGUAACGAUAGAUUCGGCCGAGACGGAAUCGGCGGUUAUGGAAAAGCGAGUAGACAACCAUGGAGGAAGUACGGGUGUCUACCAGGUGGCCUCGAGCUGGGGGCGAGGGAGCCACGGUAACGGUGGAGCCGCCGGGGGACGGAAGGUCACGGGGGCUACGCGAGGCGGGGCAGGCGCCGGGCGCGGCGCGAGCGGCCGCGGCGGACGACACGGGCCGGGCGCCGCGGGCGCCGGUCGGGGGCGCGGCGCGUACGGCAGCGCAGCUGGCUGCAAGACGUGCGGCGGCAGUCAUGACUCCAACACGUGCAAAUUUAAGGCGUACGUGUGUCGGGUGUGCAACCGAGAUGGACAUCUGAAGAGGAUGUGUCCGAGACUACGCGAGGAACAGCUGUUCGCGUUGUAUGACGGAGGCGCGGACGGGCAGGUGGCGUUUAAAGAAGUAUUUGAAGACGGUUUGGGGCGGUUCACGGGCGGCAAGGUCGGCUUCGCACUGCGCGAGGGGGCGCGUCCGGUGUUUCUGCGCGCGCGCCCGCUGCCGUACGCGCUGCGCGAGCCGGUGGAGCGCGCGCUCGAUCAGCUGGUGCGCGACGGCAUCAUCACGCCCGUGCCCACCUCCGACUGGGCCACGCCAGUCGUACCGGAACAAAAGAAAGCCCAGCAAAUUGCGUCCUCAGAGGUUAUCCCCAUCCGGUUAGACUCCCUCCAAUUCCGCGUCAUAACUGCCAGUACGACGGCGGGAGAACCAGAACCGGUAACAAGCAAUUCGGAGUUAAGGGCCGCGGCCGUGAAUGCUCCACCGUUGCCGGUUGCACCGGCCGCGCCCCCUACAUUGCCGGUUCCCGUGGAGGGCCCCAAACCGAUCCGCAGUAGGAAACCCGUUAAAAGGUACGGGUUCGACUUCGAUUAG